UUUGGGGGGUGUUAGUGGCACCUGGAUACAGCGACUUCGUCCGUUUCGCUUCGCGUAUCGUGUGCCGGUGAUGUUGGACGAUUUGCAGCGUGUUCAAGAACUGACCUCACAGAAUCAUAGAGAUGCAAGGCCGCCAUUGUUGCAGUACGCCCUUAAUGCUACUUUCUUAAAACAAUGAACCACAUUUUGUCAUGGUAGUGGGGUUUCCGGUGUGUGGUAUCCUGGUAAAACCUGUAGUGCAUAGCCUGGUAAUCUUUUGGGCUUCACCAAUUUGUGCUAAGCAACCAACCAAUGGCUACGGUGACGAACUCCCCAUGGAAGCAUCUGCUAUUAGACGCUUUGCAAACCAACGCCCAUCUAAAGCAAUCCUCAUUCUUCCAAUUGGCGACAGUUGGUUGCAAUGGUAAGCCUGCCAAUAGGACCGUUGUUUUCAGAGGAUUUCAUGAAGGAUCACAGAAGAUCGAAAUCUACACCGAUUCGAGGAGUCAUAAGGUUGAUGAUCUUAAGCGCUGCCCAUAUGGGGAGAUAUGUUGGUACUUCACAGACACCUGGGAGCAGUUCCGAAUCAAUGGCAAAAUUGAAAUGAUCGAUAGUUUUAAUGCUGAUCCUCUCAAGCUGCAUCUAAGGGAAAAGGCUUGGUUUGCUAGUUCAUUAAAGUCGAGAAUGCAGUACUUGGGGUGUGAUCCUGGUCGCCCAUAUAUAGUUUCUGAAACACCGAACAGCUACAGGCUAGAACCAACUGAUGGCCCUGUUGAUACAUUUUGCCUUCUGGUAUUAGAUCCUGAGCAGGUUGAUUACUUAAAUCUGAAGGGAAACGAGAGAGUCGUAUUCAGAGUCAAUCCUGACAAUCCUGAGUCACAUGAAUGGAUUGUGGAGAAGAUAAACCCCUGAGUCUCAAACUGCUUUUCCAUUGGCGAGUAACCCCUUAAGUAUCAGCUGUGAGAGCCAAACUUCUUGAACGAGAAAAGAUACGCUGUAUAUGCUGGUUGAUAUAUGCAAACUAUUGUUCCACUAUUUGCUCUCUACCUGCCCUCUGUUUAUAUGCUGCGUUCAGGAUACAAGCUGCUACAGUCAUUCUUACAAUUGUGCGACAUCAGCCUUGAAAGUUUUUCCUGUACAAACAAAGGAAAAUUAAAGACAUUCAAUUACAUUUCUUAUCA